AAUCAUCCUUUCUUCAAAGAGAGAGGUUGUCCUUCUCGGUUUGUUUUUUUGUUCGCCGUCAACUUUCCAGUUUAGGCCUGUGCUGGGUGGUUGAAGUAGUUAGGGCUUUUGCUCUUUCUUCUCGGUUUACUGAGACAUUUUCAACAUGGGAUCUUCCGAAAAUUUUCGGAAACGGCGUAAUCCUCGGAGCAAAUUUUCGAGUAUGGGAGAUCACAGUAAAUUUGUGUCAAGAAUUAAAAAGAGUUUGUAUUAUGGUCAACUACCCAGCACAGAGCGAUUGAGUCUUCCUGUCACUGAGUUAGCUACUGAGCUGUUUUCUGCUUCGCAACGGAAACACAGUCUUCAGCGUUUGGAUUUGCAAGAAGCAUCAGACCUGUCUCGCAGUGCUUGUGUGUCACCCUGCUCCCUUGUGCUUGCUCUGUUAUACCUUGAAAGACUUCAAUCAUCCCGACCUAGCUACUUACGUGAGACACCACCCUCAGAAUUGUACCUAAUCUCUCUGAUGGUGGCAACUAAGUUCUUACAAGAUGAUGGCGAGGAAGAUGGUGUUAUUAAUGAAGAAUGGGCAUCGUCUGCAGGGAUCAGCACAAGUCAUCUCAAUCAACUUGAAAGGAACUUUCUAGAUGCGAUUGAAUGGGAGGUUUAUGUUAGUGAAGAAACUUUUUGGACCCGAUUGAGAGGAUUAGAGAGAGAUGUUGCUCUUAAUGAGGGUGCUAGAAGGGGCUGGUUCUCAUAUGCUGAUUUGGAUUGUUUACUGGAAAAAGUUGAUCUGGCUUCAUUAGCUCAUUCUGUCCUGACUGUCUCUGCUGUUUGUCUCACGAGCUACACAGCUAGUGUUUUGACUUUGAUUGCAUCAACAUUGUUGGUCAGUCAAAUUCAACCACUAAUUCCUGACUUCGGCAGUAUUGGCAAAUCAAAUCUUAACCAGUCCUCUGCACCACUCCGUUGUGUUGAUCAGCCUUCAUCCGAAACUCCAAUUGACCCUAGUUUUGAUCUAAACUACCAAACCCCACUAGAUGUACUCACCACUAGCUUUAUAUUAGCAUCUAUCAGUUCAUGCAGUGAACGUCUUGGUAAUGACUCUGGAAGCUGUUCAGACGAAGCACAGUCUGUUGGUAAACCUCUUGGCAGUUCUAUAGCCUCGCCAUUUCUGGGAACCAUUGAUGAUUUAUCAAGGCUUGACAAUCUUCCAUCUCUACCACAAAAUCAUGUUGACUGGAACAACGGAAGAAUUUACUCUUGGAUUAAAUGGAUUAAAGAUUUGAGAGGGUGGUUAAGAGCUCCUAUUGUGGGUACCUUUGAAUCGCCCCCAGAUUGGGCAACAUCUCUUAGUUAUUGCAUUGAUCGGGGUGCAUCGCAAUCACGCAUGAUUCCGCUUCAAGUGUAUUAAUAUCAGUACUGCAGAGCUCCAGUUAUCACUUAACAGAAAAAAAAAAGGCUGAACUGAACUUAAUUUGUAAUCCAGUGUUCUAUUGCAUAAAUUAACUUUAUCUUCAAUAAUUAUGACCAUAGCUUAAACUGUUAAUUGCUCUAUCAGAUGUCAAAACUUAUUUUAAGUAAUGUAUGUGAUGUAUUUUGAAGCCAAAUAACUACGCUUUUUUUUUGUACAGCUCGACAUACUUUCCUUUGAUAUUUAAUAUUUUUUGUUUAAUAGAAUGGUUGUGUCAAGGUCACUAAGAAGAUAAUAAUUACAAACAGAAAUAAUAUAACAAUAAAAUUUAAGAAAACAGUAUGAAAA